AUGCUGUCAUACGCUUUUCCUAAAACCCACAAACAUUUGCCACAUGUUCUGGCGAUACUUAUACUUCUUCUAAGAAACAAGCUGCUCUACAAUUUUAUUUUUGUCAACCUUAGUUUUAGGGGUAAUAUCACAGGAAAAUAUUUGAAAGAUUUUGGAGCACAUAAUUGGAGGGAGAUAGUACAAGACCAAGACAAGUGGAGUGAUUUGGUGAUAGCGGCGAAAACUCUCAGAGAGUUAUUAAGGCCGGAAGAAGAAGAAGAUAUAUACACUGGUAUGUAGAUUAUGUAGAUUAUAUGAAUAUUAUAUUAACAGUCGAUGUUUAACUUUAAAACGGUGAGGAGGAAAAAUUUAUCAACAGGAUUCAAUUAAUAUGUUUCUGAAUUCAAAUUGUGGAAAAGAUGCUGUCAUUUUUAAAAAAUAUGUGUACAUGGAAAUAAAUAGGUUUCGUUUUAUAAAAAUGGGUCAUUAUAAUAUGUCAAAUGAAAUGUUUUAAAGUAACUAUUAUUAGGGAUGGGCUGGUUGGGUUACAGGCCAGACGGUAGUUUGUAUACAUCAGGUCAUCAGAGUGAGGCGUAAAGACAAAAAACUGGAUGAAUAACAACAUUUUGUUUCCUCAAAUUUAUAUCUGUAUGUUUUUGAUUUUCUAAGCGGUUUUUAUAAUAUCUGGGAAAUCCUAGAAGAAAACGUAAGAAAAAUGGGAAAUUUACGAACAUUAUGCUUUUUAUUAUUUUAAAUUGUGUUAUUUGUUUAACUCAGUUGAAAAUAUUCGUAGAGAAAAAACUAUAAAAUGUCAAAUGCCUAUAAAUAGCUCAACAUUUUCUAGAACGGUUGAAAAUUUUACCACAUCUAGGAAAACCUUAUACCUUAGCCUUAUUAAGUCAAUAAAAUCCGCUUGGACGAUUAAAUAUUUCCUCUUCAGUGCAUGGUAACUGGCAAAAAUAUUCAAAGCUACAAUAUCCGAAGAAAAAAUAUUAAGGUAUAAAUGUAUAAUAAUUAAUAAAUACUCAUGUUUUUCAUACACAUAUUCGUAUACAUUUAAAGUAAUUAUUGACUGUUUAGUUACAAUUUAGUUAAUAAUACAAUAUCCGAAGACAAUAGGAGAUUUUUAAACAUUAUUAUUUAUAUUUUAUUACCAGGUAUUAUUAUUUUUAAUUGUUUUAUUAUUAUUAUAUAUACUUACAGAUAUUGUUUUAAUAUUUUGAUAUUUUUACUGACGAAUGUAAUUUUUAAAUAUUGUAUUAUUAACUAAAUUAUAACUGAGUAGUCAAGAAUUACUUUGAAUAUAUAUAGAUAUGUAUAUGAAUAAGAACAUGAUUAUUUAUUAAUUAUACAUUUAUACUUUGAUAUUUUUUCCUCGGAUAUUAGAGAUCCGGAUAUUUUUACCUAGAUUCGCAUCAAAUAGAUCUAAUAUGCAAUAAAGAAAGAAUAGGACAUAAUUCGCACGAUGGGUUGGAUCGCUGUUGGUAAGAAAUUGGAAAGGUAGAGGGUAAAUUUAAUGUAUAUAUAAUCUAUAUAUUAAUCUAUACGCAACGAUUAACCAUUGCUAACGAAAAACGAUUCUGAGUGGAGUUCGAUUAAUAGUGUUGCUUUGUCAACAAUAUAUUUGUCAUAUUAUGGUAACAUAAUUACAUAUUAUGUGGGUAUUAUAUAUAUUUUUUAAUAAUAUUUGUACUUAAUAAUAAUACUUAUUUUCCCAUUUUCCUACGUUUUUCCCGGUUUUUUCAUUAUUUAUUGGUCCCAUUUAUUUGGAAAAUUCCUGGGAAAAUCAAAAAAUGAUCUGGUUAAAGUAUCUCCCCAGUCAGAUUUUCUUUCAGAAAAAGUGUUAUCAUUGUAAAUCCGAAGAAAAUUGCUGGUAGAAAAGUUGUUCACAGAAAAAAAAGACCGUAAUAUUUUACUAAUACAUUUCAGAAAAACAAAAUAAAACAAAAAACAUCAUUGUAAAUAUCCCUCGCUUCGCCCAUAAUCUAAAAAAGAGUAUAUUUACAUUUUUUGAUUAGAAUUAGACUUUAGAUGGAAAUAUUGUUCAUAAACAGGAAAAAUAAGAAUAAAAAUAUGAACCGUGAACCUACGAGUAUAUUACGUGUAUAUUGUACACUAUAUAGUAUAAACGUCCAAUACGGAGUGUAUUGUAAUCUUGUUCCAAUAGAAAAACGUCUAAAGGCCUUUUUGUCGCAUUUUUCAUCUUGAUGAGUUAAUAAGAUAAUAAUAUUAUCUUUCUAUUAUCUUAAUAUAAGAUACAUAUUUUUUUAAUAAUUGGAAAAAUCGGAAAACGAUGUAAAAUUACAAAUUACAAAUUUAUGGCGUUAUGUUAGGCUUAUACAAGGAUAGUAAUCGACCAAGUCACCAUAUGCAAGUUCCUAAAUUGUUUUCGCUUGAAAAUCCUGGACACAUUUUUAGUAAUAAUUCUAGUGUCAGUUCUAGGGAGAAGAUUUUAGUCGAGUGACUAGAAAACUGUUCUAUUUUAUCGGCCGAGUUGAACUUGUUAUUUGCAAUCUUUUAUCUGCCAAACCAAUUACACCACUGUCAUUAGUAAUUAAUUAAUUAAUUAUUAUUUAUUUAUUAAUUAUUAAUUAAUUAUCACUGUUAUUUAGUAUCAGAUGAUCGAUCUGCAAGUAUCGAACCAUUCUAAUGUUACGGACUUUGUCCUCCACGGAUAAAUAAAAAUAAUUAAUAACUAAACGAAUGACGGUAUUAAAAUUAAGUCAGGGAAAGCAAAUCUCUUGUCCAAAUAAAUUUUUUUUCUGUUUUCUUUUUCUUUGAAUCAUUUGAUUCUUCAGUGGUUUUCGAAGUGUAGUUUUUGACCAUUCUGUUUUUUUUGUUCAUUUUUCAAUAAAAUUAAUAAAAAUACAAUAACAGAAUAAACUAUACUAGUCAAUUUUACUGUAUUGUAUGUAGAGAAUAACUAAACGCAAUUUAGUAUUCAAUUUAGCAAUUUGCUUUAGUGACUCGGUCGAGUACUAUCCUAGUGUAAACCUAGCUUUACGAUUUAAUUAUUUUAUCUGUUUACCUAUUGUUUCCAUAUUGUUGCCAAUUGAAAAACGACAAAAUACCUUUUUUGCUGAACUUUUAAUCUUGUUGGUGAGUAAAACAGUCGUUUUUUUGAUUUUCCUCAUAAUUUUUUUUUUAUAAUUGAUCAAAAUAAAAAAAAAACGUAAAAAGAAAAGGCAGAUAUACGAAAAUAAGGCUUUUGUUAUUUACAAUAAAUUUUGUUUUUUUUUAUGUAAUUCAGUUUAAAAUAUAUAUAGAGACUUUAAUUUUAGACAGAAAACUUAUACUUGUCUUUUCUAAAUGUGGUAAAAUUUUAAUAAUAUUUGAGCCAUUUUUUAGCUGUUGAUAGACAUUUUAAUUGUGCGAGUUUUUUUACUUAAUUUUUAUUUGAUAGGUACUCUGUAGAUACAAUUGUUAGACUAAACCGAUUUACUCGACAAUUUAACAGGAGGUACAACAUUAUAUUAUAAUGCACUUAGUGGUAAAACAAAUAAAUAAUAUUGAGUGAAAUGCAGUAUAUUUUUUUUUUUAGAGUUUUAAUAUCAAAUUUUUAACAAAUCGUUAAUAUUAUGGCCUUUCAAAACAUGUAUAACUGAAUUUUGUUUCAAAUCGUUUUUCGUAAGCAAUGGUUUAUCGUGGCUUAUAGUUAUAAAUUAUGUAACUUUAUGUAUCCUACCUUCCCAAAUUCUCACCUACAAAAGUGGCACACCAGUCCCCAGUAUCAGCUCUUUUUUAAGUUUUUAUUUAGAUUUUUGUGAAUACAAAUUUUCGAACUGGUUCAAACCCAAACCUUGCACUGCACCCAAUUCAUGCGGAGUUCACGGCACGAGACAUCCGUACCAUGGAUAUUUGCUGUUCAGACUUCAGUGCCCAGAGGUGGGUGACAAUGACGUCAGACCUUUUAGCGACAACCAUGUUGCGGAUCGCAUCAAGUACCUCCUUAGAAGUAGCCGUUGCGUCAACAUCGAGGACCUCAAGAAUUGUAAUCGGUGA